AUGACCAAUGAGAAAUAUCACAGUGGAUUGGCGCACCUUCGACAGAGUGUUAGGCAUGCUGUCGAUCUGUAUUUGAAGGAAUCCAAUGCGGAUGUUAUCAUGGCAUCCGGGGGAACACUGCUUCCUAGUAUUGCGGCGGGUGCAGGCUAUCCCAUCGGAAGUGUCCCCCUCGGCUUCUCUACUUACAAUGGAAGGCCUUUUGGGAUGGAAAUAAUGUCCCGAAAUAGCGAGGAGGAAAAUAUUUUCCAAGUAAUGUCGGCCAGGGAAACGACGUUCCCAGAGGUCAGGCAGCCCCCGGCUCUUUUGGUGAACUGGGCCACCAGUUUGUAG